CUGAGAUUGAAUGGCGUCGAGAAUCAAGAAUGGACAUUGUACAAACAUGAACUGCUACCAGUUUCUAUGCGAUUCUCUGACCACCAGCCACCUAGCUUGGUUACGCUGAGCUUCGCUGACUUUCGAGGAAUAAAACCGAGAACUAAACCGCCGUGCUUGUGACCCACAGCUGCCGCUCGCUUUCCCCGCACCGACCAUCUUGAUCAACCCAACGACCCAACAGCAGAUAACCCGCCAGCACCACUGAAUUCUGCGCCAGACCUACGCCCGGAAGAAAUGAGUUCGAACGGCAAGCAACAGCCGCCGCAGGCCAGCCAAGCGGCCCAGCCGGGUCAGCAGCAGCAUUUUCCUCCUCCUCCGCGGGGCCCGCCGCCCAUUCAGACCUCGCAAGCCGCCCCGCCGAAGCACUCCAACGAGACGCCGCUCCCCGACCCCGACUACCAUAUCCCCGCAUACGAUCCAGCCCACCCGCAGUUCGCGCCGCCCCCGACAGCCGCCGACGAGGAUAUCUACAACGCGUCUCCGACCGACGCGCAUCCGCCGAAGUGGGGUCAGCAGGCUCACCAUGACGGCGAGGGCGGAGGCCAUGACGGGAAGAAGCCACACAGGUUCGCCGCUCUGGGCGCUGCUUUCAGCAGCAAAGUCGCCGGGCCAGUUAAUGCCUUGGCCCACAAGUUCGGGUCCGAGGGCUUCCUCCCUGAGUCGCUGGACAAGGAGUGCGAAAAGGCAGCCAGGAUUCUGAGGGGCUUUUGCAGGGACGGCGUUUACAGCGAUACCGUUCCCCCCACCGUCUCCGGCUCAGUCCCGCCAGCGCCGGCCACGACCGCCUCUGCCGAGAAGCCGCCCGCCUCCCCGUCAGACAAGCACAAGAAGUCCCGCGUGCUCCUCACCAUUCCAUCCAAAGUCAUUGCGCGAGCCCAGGGCCUCGCCAUCUUCACCGCCGUCCGCCUCGGCUUCCAAGCAACCGGCUCCAGCGGUAGCGGCAUCCUGCUCGCGCGCCUCCCCGACGGCAGCUGGUCGCCGCCCUCCGGAAUCCAAGUCACCUCCAUCGGAGCCGGCUUCGUCGCCGGCGUGGACAUCUACGACUGCGUGAUCGUGAUCAACACGCGCGAGGCCCUCGACCUGUUCACCAAGACGCGGCUGAGCCUGGGCUCGGACCUCGCCGUGACGGCAGGCCCUUUCGGCGCGGGCGGCGCGCUGGGCUGGGGCGUUCCCGCCGGCAGCCGGGAGCAAGCUCAGCACCACGACCGAGGCAGGGACGGCGAGACCACGCACCACCCGGCGACACUGGCGCCCCCGCAGCAGCAGCAGCCCCAGCCACUGUCACCGGACAAGACGCAUUUCCAGACUGGUCCUGUGCCGGAGCACGAGCAGGGCAUGGGCGACGAGGACCAGAAGGACAAGGCCAGGAAGGAGAAGCGCGCGGACCGCCAGCCCAGCCCGUUCCGUGAGGCCAUCAAGAAGCCCGUGUACAGCUACGUCAAGUCGCGGGGCCUGUUCGCCGGCGUGCAGAUCGACGGCACCGUGAUCGCCGAGCGCGACGGCGCCAACGCGCGGUUCUACGGCCAGCCCGUGCCCGUCGCCAAGAUCCUCCGCGGCGAGGUGCCUGCCCACGGCCCGCCGGGCAUGUGGCCUGCCGCCGCGCGGGGCCUGUACGAGGUGCUGAAGGGGGCCGAAGGCUGGCACGGACAACAGCAACAACAGUCGGGCCGGCCGGUGAGCCCCGCCAGCCCGGGCUUCGGCGCCGCUGCCGGCACCGGCACUAGCACCACCCCUUCCUUCCCACCACCACCUUCUCCCGGAACCUCCGCCGCCGCCAGCACCUGGGUCCCUCCCCCUCCGCCUCCCCAUCCCGAAUCAGCGGGCGGCAUCCCGGCCGCCACAGCCGGCAUGCAAAGCCUGAACCUCGGCGAAGCCCACUCCGCCGCAGGCCCGUCCACCGCCCCGCCGGGCGCCGCAGCCACCGCCACGACGAGCGCGGCAUCCGCCAAAGCAGCCGAGGCAGCCGCCGAAGCGGCGCAGUUCCCCCCGCCGCCGCCCCCGCCGCCCAUGUACUCUGACGCGCUGCAGCAGGAGCAGCCACCGCACGACGCGGACGAUCUGCCGCCGGCGUAUGUGGAGACGGAGGAGUCGGAGAGGUAUCGUGCUGCGGCGGAUAGCAAGAGUGGGUUGCAUUGAGCACUCAUUUGCGGUUUGCGCGUGAAGAAGGUAGGUAGGUGGGUGGCUUUCGAGAGGGUGGGUUUCUCACCAGCGAGACAGGCAGGCAGAUAGUGUUUUGGAUGCUGGAAAUGGUAGUUAUGUCGUUAUGGGCUUGCGUUGUGAUGUUGAAUUGGGAUGUAACUAGCUUGGAGGGGUUGUCUGUUGGUGAUGGUGAUGAGGUGACGACUGCAAC